UUAUAGCAGCCCCUAGUGGCCUGUCGUGGUGAAAGCAGGUGCUGAUGAACGUAAUGUCUGAUUGGCUGUUGCUAAGAUACGGGAUUUCCGCCAUCUUUGUAAACAACAUUGGCUCGUAUUGGAAGUUUAGUGUAACAGAGGAGAUGUCAAGAUUACAAAAGGAAAUGGUGAGUAUGCCUCCUGCUGGAAAAUGGACCUGGAAUGAUGAAAAACAAACCCUGGAGUUUACUUGCUUUAACAAUUCUGCCGGGAUUAAAAAGAAGAGAAAAGCCUCAAAAGCUCCUUCCUACCAAGAGCUGGUCAGGGAACAUCUAUUAAAAAUUUCAAAGCACAAGUCUUCCACCAAAGGAGGGAGCUCUGGUCUGAGGAAGAGUGUGAGACUUGCUGAGCUGAACGCUUUCAAGGCCACUGCAGAAUGCUCACAGGAAAGGGACUCGAUCACUAUUGAGGAUAUUAAACAAGUGGCGGUCUCUGUAAUGCAGGAGAAUGAAGCCCUGCCCAUUCCACUUUGCUUUAUGUCUGUCAUUCAGAGUAAGGAGCUGGAUGCAUUUCUGGCUGCUCUUUUGCUGUAUCUGCAGUGCUAUUGGCAGAAGAAGUCUCUGGAGGAUAGUUCUGAGGCUCUCAUGGUGGAGCAGAGCGUGACACAGCAGCAGAUGACAGCAGAAGCAAGUGUUAAACUAGAGCUGGCCAAGAAGCACCUGGCCGUCUGUUACUCCAGUCUGGUGCUGGGGCAGAGUCUCUCCCAACAGCACCACAUGGCUUGUGGCAGGAGCAGGGUGUCAUCCACCUACAGUGACAGGCUUCUGUAUGAGUGUCUGUAUAGCUUCUUCUGCUAUGUGGCUUGGGUCACCUUCGGAAGGCGUGAUCUAAAAGGUAUUCAGAUUGAGAUUAAUCGCUUACUGCGACCUGACACAUUCAACCCUGCCCUAAGGGCUCAAAGGAAAGAACCGGAGGAAGAGGAAGAGGAGGAACAGGAGACAGAAAGUCAACCCAAGACCAUCCAAAGCAUUAGGAAGUCUCGGCAUAGGCCUGGCCUAAUCUCUACAAUGACCCAGUGCUCACCUGUCAUGAUGUCCAUCCUGCCUUCAACACAAGAAAAAGCAACUCAUUUGUUUCAGAGCUCCAGCAUCCACAAGCAGCAACCAGAUGAGAUCAUAGACACAGAUGUUUUGAUGGAGGAGCUCAGCCAACAGCUGGCAACUUGCAGCUUUGGGAUACUGGGAAAACCUCUGAGCCAGUUGAGACACACCCCAAUGAUGCCCCAUGGAGCCACGAAGGAGGAUGACGAGGCAGAUGAUGAAGACAAUUUUGAUGAUGAUGAUGAUGAUGAUGAUGAUGAUGAAAAUUCACUAACAGUUAAUAGUGGUAGGAAGACCACCUUUAUACCCCAGAGAUCCCGUAGGACGACUGCAGAGCAGCGCAGCAGCAUGAGUCGAGCUCACACCGUGACCUCGAGAGCCACCACAGAGGCACCGUCGUCAGAUACAGAAUGAACUAUUUACUUUGUGCAUACGUACGUAGGCUUGUAACGUAGUGCCAGUCUGUAUUUGUCUAGUGCUUAAAAUAUUCAUAUCUGUUGUUAUAUUCAGAAAAGUGGGCAUGGUUUGAACCAGAAAGUGUUUUUUUUUUUUUUAUGUUAAGCUGUUGCAAAAAUAAGGACACAAAU